AUGCAGUGGAGUGCCCCUCUGGGAUGGGUCAUCAUGGUUGCCAUGACAAUGGUAUCGUUGUCUAUGGUAACAAGUUUGGACUUCACAUAUCAUAGACACCCUGCGAUGUCAGUCUUUCUACAAAACUUGAGUGUAAACUACCCAGAAAUCACCCAUUUAUACAGCAUCGGUCAAAGCAUUGAAGGUCGUGACCUCUGGGUGUUAGCCAUUGGAAAGUCACCUAAAAGCCAUGUGACCUUGCGACCUCAUGUUAAGUAUGUUGGUAACAUGCAUGGCAAUGAGCCUGUUGGCAGGGAGGUGUUGUUGCACCUUAUUGAAGAGUUUGUGUUGAAUUAUGCCACCAAUAGUACCUUGCGAACCUUCCUCGACAACACACUGGUACACAUUCUCCCAACGAUGAAUCCUGAUGGAUUUGAGGCCUCAUUUGAAGGAAGUUGUGCAGGGAACGUUGGCAGAGCGAACAGCAACAUGUUUGACCUGAAUCGCAAUUUUCCGGACAAAUUUGAAUUCAAUGACCUUGAACAACAGCCAGAGACAAAGGCUGUCAUCAGUUGGCUGUCACAGUACCAAUUUAUCCUCUCAGCAAAUCUCCAUGGAGGGGCACUGGUGGUUAACUACCCUUAUGAUAAUUAUGCAGGAGCAUCAUUAUCUCUGGCAACGAAGCUUGUGCCGAGUCCAGAUGACGAUAUUUUUCAGCACAUAUCAAAGGUAUUCAGUUACUCCCAUCAUCGGAUGUACCAAGGAGGGUUUUGUGGUGAAACUUUUACUGAUGGCAUCACUAAUGGAGCUAUGUGGUAUCCUAUGAGAGGAGGAAUGCAGGACUACAAUUAUGUACACGCUGGAUGUCUGGAGGUCACUAUCGAACAGAGUUGCUGCAAGUAUCCUCAACAUACAGAACUACCAAGUUUCUGGACGGAGAACAAGGAUGCCAUGAUCAAUUACCUGAUGAUUGUAAAUACCAUGGGUGUCCGGGGUUUGGUAAAGAAAGCAGAUGGGACACCUGUCAAGGGGGCGCAACUUUGUAUUAUGGGACGCGAAGACAUCAAGUUUACAACAACAGCACAAGGCGAAUAUUGGCGAAUUCUACUUCCUGGAAACUACACAAUUAUGGUAAAAACCACGGAUUUGGGAGAGACAAAUCAAAUCUUCACAGUUCAACCCAACAUACCAACAAGGCUGGAUAUAGUGCUUGGUGAUAUUUCAGAGCCAUUCAACUCAGGACAUGUAAUACAGAGUUGCCUUCUGUUGUUGUCAAGUGCACUUGUUACCAUAGCGAUGUUGUGAUAAACAUAUCAUCCAAUAGGAAUCCUUGUUGUAAUUUUAUACCAGCAUAUCUGUGAUUUAUGUUUUUAGUCAGGGAAAUUAAUAAUUGACCUUGUGUAAAUUAAUUUAAACUUAAUGGAAUUUCAAUAGGAAAUGUGAUUUCAUGUUUUAAUCUUGCAUGGUACCAGAUUUUUUUUUUAUAGAAAUUGACUAAUAUUUAUUGGUAACAAAACCUGUAGCAGAAAAUUAGAAGGAUUUUAA